AGAGUCAUUUUCAACGUGGUCAACUUCUCCAAGACCAAGAGCCUGUACAGAGAUGGCAUGUCUCCCGUCGUCAAGUCUACCAGCCGGCCAAAAUGGCAGAGGCUUCCCGCAAAAAACGUGUACUACUACCGCUCUCCGGACCACCGGCGCAACUACGUCAUGUCCUUCGCCUUCUGCUUCGACCGGGAGGACGAAGUGUACCAGUUUGCGUACUGCUACCCAUACACCUACUCCAGACUGCAGCACUACCUGAACAGCCUGGAGCGCAGGAACCUGCCCUUCCUGCAGAGGGAGCAGCUGGGCCUCAGCGUGCAACAACGGCGUCUCGACCUGUUAACCAUCACCAACAUGGGUAAGUCCCUGAGUCUUUUAACUUCACUUUACCCACAAUGCACCUCUCUACACCAACACCCCUCCACCACUGAUGUGAAACCACACUGUGACGCUCCCACAGGAAACCCAGCGUCAGUGUACCUCAAUGUUUUCCAUGUGGCAUCAUAUCGAUCUGACAGAAACAUGCCGUGUGUUUCCUGCGAACCCACUUUCCAAAUACUAAAAGCUCGGGAGGAAUCGCAGGGUGUGGACGAACUAAUAGGCUCAUGA